UUGAUUUUGAAAUAUAAUCCAAGAAAUGUUUUGUUGGCUUAACUUGUGUGAGGAUUUAUUGAUUGUUUUUAAGAAAAAUUAGAAAGGUUACAAAAUAAAUUUUUUAAAUAUGUACGAGGCAAACUUGUUAUGGUUUAAUUGGUCCAAAAUAUCAAUAAUUAUAAUAUUGAUAGUUAUUAAUUUAACUUUAAAUCAAUGCCAAUUAAAUGGAACUGUAAUCGAAGCAGAAAAUGUAACGUAUUCAUUAUUAUUGAAUAACGAAAUAAAUAAUAAUAGUAGUAUACUAAAAAUUAAUCUUAUGGACCCAGAUGAAUUAAAAAUAAAAAAAUACUCAUCGGUUAUGGAAAAUGAUCGAACUCAAAUUUUAAAUCAACUGGAUUCUAUUACUGAAAUUAUAAAUUCCAUUUUGGACAUGAUUAAUGGCAAUGAAACAAGUGUUCCUCCUCAAGCUCCAUCAUCUAGACCAAAAUGUAACGUUACAAAAGAAAAAUUAGAAAGAGUACAAAAAGAAAUAAAAUCCAUGAUUUCAAACAUCACCGAUAUAAAUGAAGGCGAUAGUAAAUGUACCCUCAAUUUUGAUAACACUGAUAAUUGUAACAAUCUCGUAAAAACAAUUCUGUGUGGGUUGAAUCAUGUUAAAAAAGGUUUCCAUGACGCAUUAUUGGAUGGUGGUUCAGAUCAACAGGUUACGAAAUGGAAGAAUGCUUUUGAUGCAUUAACUAAAAAAUUUGAACAAGAGAAAGAUGAUUUAAUACAAUCACUUUCACAUAAACAUCAAUUAGAAUUAGAUAAACUACAAAAAGAAAUCCACAAUUUAAGAAAACAAUUAAUUACGAAGGAAGAAAAUAUAAUUGAAUUGUGUGUGGUACAAAUAGCCGUUGGACAAACACAAAAAGCUGUUGACCAUUUUCUGGAGUUAAGUACAACACCAGCAUCAAUAAUUGUUAAGAAAGCAUAUCAUUUCAAUGAUUAUACAAACCCAGAUGAACUUGAAAGACUAGCAAAUAUCGAUCAGUUUAUUUUACUUCUACCUCAAAUUGAAAUGCAACGCGAUGCUUUGAAGACAUUUUUCAACGAAAUGAAAGUAAAUACUCAUUUGAAAACUAUAAGAGUUUUAAUAAUUAAUCACACUUACAAAAACUCUUUACUUUCAAGAAAUGAAAUCCCAGAUGAAAUUAACAAAAAUACAGAUUUAAUUUUAUCGGAAUUUUUUGAAGCUUUAGCUUACAAUAAAAACGAUUCCAAAUUCAAUCAAUUUAUACGUUUAUCUUUAGGCAGAUAUUUUAAUAUGUACUCAUUUAAUUUAUUAAAUAGAGUACUUAAUAACAAAGCUCUAAAUGAAACGAUUCGAAUAAAAAAUAUUCUUGACAGUAUCCGAAGAUUUCCCUGUGAUCAUGCUGCCGAAGGAUUAUUGUAUGUUAACUAUUAUAUGAUCUCAAACAACCUGAUAUAUGAUAACACUAAUGCAUUGAAAUUGGCGUAUUAUGUUAACUAUUUUAACAAAAUAUGUAAUACAGAAAAUACAAAAAUAAAAUUGAAGAAUAUUAGAAAAAAGCUCCCAGAACAUGUUGUCGGAUUCAUUGAUCAUAUUUCUCACCAUAGAUGUAGGCUAAAAAAUUCAGCACAUAAUUAUUAUUUAAUGGGUGGGAAUGUUAUGGAUAAUAAAGUCCUGAUUGGUUCUCUAAAACAACCAGCCAAAUUAACUGAAAGUUUGUGGUGGGAGUUUGAAACUUCUAAUAACUGUGAAUCUUUUACGAUAAAACAAUCUGAUUACUACUUGUCGCCAAUUAAGAAUGACAAAAGUAACAAACCUCGUCGUCCAGUACGAACUUAUAAUACUGUAGAGCAAUCCAGUUGGGAAAUUAUACCGCGAAAAGGAGGCUCAUAUUCGAUAAAAAAUAUUCAUUUUAAUGAAUAUUUGUUUGCGGAUUCCGUAAUGUCUUUUUUCGAAAAUGGAGAUAAUGUGUAUACUUGGAAAAAUGAACUACCAACAAACGGAUGGUUGUGGGACGUCAGUUUAUGGGAACCUGAAUGUGCAGAUAAUUAACAUUGCAUUCACUUUCUUUAUAUUUUAUUUUAAAAAAUUUUUGUAAUUUUGUGUUGCAAUU